GUGCAGCCUGCAGUGACUCUCGGUAAACUGGGAGGGUCGCUGAUGACUCCUCUGCAAACAUGGCUGCCCAGGAUGAACUCAAUCAACUGGAACGGGUGUUCCUCCGCCUGGGCCAUGCAGAGACAGAUGAACAACUGCAGGAUAUUAUCUCCAAGUUCCUGCCCCCAGUUCUCCUCAAGCUGUCCAGCGUUCAGGAGGGCGUGCGGAAGAAAGUCAUGGAGCUAUUGGUCCACUUGAAUAAGAGGAUAAAAAGCCGACCCAAAAUCCAGCUUCCAGUGGAAACUUUGUUGGUACAGUACCAAGACCCGGCAGCAGCCUCCUUUGUGACGAAUUUCACCAUCAUCUACAUCAAAAUGGGAUACCCUCGACUGGAGGUGGGCAAACAGUGUGAGCUGGCCCCGACUCUCCUCACUGCCAUGGAAGGAAAGCCCCAGCCUCAGCAGGACAGUUUGAUGCAUUUGUUGAUUCCUGCACUUUACCACAUGAAGUAUCCUGCCGACACCUCCAAGAUCGCGUCUCCGUUUAACCUCACGGAGCGGCCGAAGACGGUGCACCUGUUGCUGGAAUUCAUGUUGGAUGUCUUGCUGAUGCCUUAUGGGUUUGUGCUGAACGAAUCGCCGACCCGCCCGGCUCCGUCCUCUUCUCAGGGAGGCUCAGGUGACGGGACAGUGACAGCAAGUGGUCAAGGUCUCCCCCAGCCUCCCCCUGGGAUGAGCGUGUAUGCCGCCAAGAGGGUGAUCGGAGAAUCCCAGUGGAACGCUGAGCAGCUGGAACAGUGUAAGCUGGGCAUAGUGAAGUUCAUUGAGGCAAAGCAGGUCCCAGAAGUAGAGACGGUGGUGCACCUGGUGGUGGCAUCCAGUGACACGAGGCACAGCGUGGCCACUGCAGCCGACCUGGAGCUGAGGAGCAAACAGAGCAUCAUUGACUGGAACAAUCCUCUAAUCAUCAACAAGAUGUUCAAGGUGUACCUUGGAGAUGUUCCUCUCAAAACAAAGGGUGGCAGUGUGAAGCAGGAGCUAAAACACGAGCCAGUGAGCACAAGAGUCAAACUGAAGAUCCUCCCACAUCUCCUACGGUCACGCCUGGCUGCAGAGUGUUUUCCUGCUAAUAUCCAGGUUGUGUAUGACGGCCUGUUUGGAGCCAACACCAACAACAAACUGCUGUCCCUGACCUUACAGUUUGUGCACCACAUCUGCAUGGUAUGCCCUGACACAAAUAAACCUUUGGGACUAAUGCUCCUUAACGGUCUUACCAAGCUCAUCAAUGAGUACAAAGAGGAUCCGAAGCUGCUUUGUGUCGCCUACUCUGCGGUUGGAAAGCUGUCCAGUCGCAUGCCACAGCUGUUCACGAAGGACAUUGCACUUGUGCAGCAGUUUUUCGAGUCCAUGUGCAAGGAGGAGCCUGAUGUCCGUCUUGCCAUUCAGGAGGCAUUGUCCAUGAUGGUUGGAGCUUAUGCUAACCUUCAGGGGGCGCUGCUCAACCUAAUGGAGGCUCUGGUAGCUGCGUACAUCACAAAGCCCGAGGUACAGGUACGCCAGGUUGCCAUGAAGUUUGCCAGCACCGUGUUUGCCCCUGAUCACGUGCCAUCCAGAUACUUGCUGCUGCUCGCUGCCGGAGACCCAAGGGAAGAGGUGUCUGGAGAGGCCCAGAGGGUGCUGAGGGCCUUUUCUACCAAGGGCUCCGAGAAAGAGGGACCAAAGACAAUGCCUUCCUUUCCUGAUAUGGUGGCCUAUGUCCAGGAGAAAGCAGCUCAAAGGAUUAAGACUCCAGUUAAGUGCGUUGUCGGAACCGCCACAAUUCCUUUCAACCCGUCUGCAUUCGCAGAGAUCAUGCUAUACCUGAGGAUGUGUCUAGCCCACAGUGCUGGAGCCACACCCAUGUCCACGCGCUUGUCGGACAUGCAAGACGACGCUCCUGCCAUCGGCCGCUACGUUCACUCACUGCUGUCGUCUGACUCUCCACCCUCUGUGUCAAAGGGCUCUGAAGCAAAUCCUGUGCACGUCUACAUGGAUCUUCUCCAACAGCUGCUCUCUGCUGUAGGAGGAAUCCCAGUCAUGUACUGUUUACUGGAGGUGAUAUCUGUCUGCCCCGAGAAGCUGGCUCCCAGAUUUGUUGGUAAAAUCGACUGGAUUAAAAGUUUGAUGAACACAAAUAAGGAGGACAUGCGGGAACUUGCAGCCCAGCUGUACGCUUUGGUAGUUUCCACCAUGACUGGCAAUGAGCUGCAGACUGCUGUGCAGAACCUGGUCAAAAUCACCAAAGACAACCAUAGUCCUGAGACUCAGCAUGGUGCCAUCCUGGCUCUCGGCUAUAUGGUGGGAAGGAACAUGAGUAAAAAGAAAGCUUAUGGCCGUACAAGCAUGGGGCAGCAAAUGAGCAUCACCUCUCCGAAAGAUGACGAACUCGUCGCCCAGGCCACCAAAACAAUUGGCUCCUUCCUGGACAGCAGCAGUGCGCUGCUGGCUGUGGCAGCCUGUAUCGCUCUGGGAGAGAUUGGGCGAAACGGCCCCCUGCUGAUCCCACCUGAGGGCGAGGGUUUCACCAAACACUCCAUCGUGGAAAACCUACUGGCACGGAUCCCCUCGGGCAAGGAGAGCACCAAGAUGAAGGAACGGUCGAUUAUGACCUUGGGCUACCUACCAGUGGGAGAUGGAGACUUCCCUCACCAGAAAAAGCUGCUACAGGGACUCAUGGACUCUGUGGAGGCCAAACAGGUGGAACUGCAGUUCACAGUUGGAGAAGCCAUCACCAGCGCUGCAAUAGGAACCAGCUCUGGAGCUGCCAGAGACCCAUGGACCUGUACCGAAGAGCAGUACAGUCCACCGCAGAAUGUGAAGAAUAAUGAUGUGGUUCCUUGGGUCCUCAACGCCGUGCUGUCCAAGUACAUACCCAGCCAGAACCCCCACGUCCGGCAGGCGGCCUGCAUCUGGCUGCUCUCUCUGGUCAAAAAACUCAGCAAUCACAAAGAAAUCAAGUCUCAUUUAAAGGAGAUUCAAGUAGCAUUUAUCUCUGUUCUCUCAGAUCCAGAUGAGUUGAGUCAGGAUGUGGCAUCUAAAGGCCUCGGCCUCGUGUACGAGAUGGGAGGGGAAGGUGACCAGCAGGAACUGGUGUCCACUCUGGUGGAAACACUCAUGACAGGCAAACGAGUGAAACACGCGGUUUCAGAUGACACAGAAGUCUUCCAAGGAGAAGGUUUAGGGAAAACUCCUGACGGCCACGGCCUGUCCACAUACAAGGAGCUCUGCUCAUUGGCCAGCGACCUGAACCAACCAGACCUUGUGUACAAAUUCAUGAACCUUGCCAAUCACCAUGCCAUGUGGAACUCACGCAAGGGCGCAGCUUUCGGUUUCCACAUGAUCGCGGCCAAAGCCGGGGAGCAGCUGGCUCCCUUCUUGCCCCAGUUAGUGCCUCGUCUGUAUCGCUACCAGUUUGACCCCAACCUGAGCAUCCGCCAGGCCAUGACCAGCAUCUGGGAUGCCCUAGUCACCGAUAAGACCCUGGUGGACAAAUAUCUGAAGGAGAUCCUGCAGGAUGUCAUUUCGAACUUGACUAGUCCUACGUGGAGAGUGCGCGAGUCCAGCUGUCUGGCAUUGAACGAUCUGAUUCGCGGUCGUCAGGCUGACGACCUUAUCGAUCACCUGGCAGAAAUAUGGGAGACACUAUUCAGAGUCCUUGAUGACAUUAAGGAGUCUGUGAGGAAGGCUGCAGACUUGACUCUGAAAACACUGAGUAAGGUGUGCACUCGUAUGUGUGAGUCUUCAGGUUCUGGAGCCCAGAGAACUGUGGCGGUGAUAUUACCUACCCUACUGGAAAAAGGCAUCGUUAGUAACGUCUCAGAAGUCCGAUCACUCAGUAUCCAGACCUUGGUGAAGAUCAGUAAGACAGCCGGUGCCAGACUAAAGCCUCACGCUUCCCGUUUGAUCCCUGCCUUGCUGGAGGCUCUCAGCACUCUGGAGCCUCAGGUCCUAAACUACCUCAGUCUCAGAGCCACAGAGCAGGAAAAGAGUGCCAUGGAUGCUGCCAGGCUGAGUGCUGCCAAAUCCUCUCCCAUGAUGGAGACUGUUAACAUGUGUCUGCAGCACCUUGACGUUUCUGUGCUCGGAGAGCUGGUCCCGCGGCUCUGUGAGCUGCUCAAAAGUGGCGUCGGCCUGGGCACAAAGGGUGGCUGUGCCAGUGUAAUCGUUUCCCUCACUGUGCAGUGUCCCCAAGACCUCACCCCAUACUCAGGUAAACUGAUGAGUGCCCUGCUGAAUGGUGUUCAUGACAGAAGCACUGUUGUACAAAAGGCAUUUGCCUUCGCUUUAGGACAUUUAGUCAGAACAGCAAAAGACAGCAGCGUAGAAAAACUACUACUGAAGCUCAACACCUGGUACUUGGAAAAAGAGGAACCUGUGUACAAGUCGUCGUGUGCAAUGACCUUGCACGCCAUCAGCCACUACAGCCCCGAUGUGCUGAAAGGCCAUGCAGGAGUGGCUCUGCCGCUGGCGUUCUUGGGCAUGCAUCAGGCUCCAGGUCCUGAAGAGGAGAAAGGAGAGAGCCAUGAUGCCACACUGUUUACUGAAGUGUGGCAGGAAAAUGUUCCAGGAAGCUUCGGGGGCAUCAGACUCUACAUGACCGAGCUGAUCGCCAUCACACAGAAAGCACUGCAGUCCCAGUCCUGGAAGAUGAAGGCUCAGGGUGCAGCCGCCAUGGCAACUGUCGCCAAAGAACAGACGGGCUCGUUGGUGGCGCCACACCUUGGUUUGAUACUGACGGCUUUGAUGCAGGGACUCGCCGGACGCACCUGGGCUGGAAAGGAGGAGCUGUUGAAGGCCAUCGGGUCAGUUGUCUCUAAAUGCAGUGCGGAGCUUCAGAAGCCCUGUAGUGGCCAGCCCACCAUCUCCGAGGUUUUGGAGGUCGUGCUGAAGGAAUGUCGCAAGGAAAGUUUGGUCUACAAAAUGGCCGCGCUGCGUUGCGCUGGAGACGUGCUCCACAGCAGUCAGGAAGACCGUUUCGGCGACAUGGCAGAGAUCCUGUUCCCGCUCAUUAAGAAGAGCUGUCCGGAGAGCGGCGCAGCAUCCCCGCGAUCGCUGGACGAUGACGACGAUGACGGAGACGUGAAGGAGAGAGAGCUGCAGACUGAAGCUGUGUUGUGUGCUUUCGACACUCUUGGAAAGACUUGGCCCAGAAACCUACAGACGCAGGCUCGUUUCCAGGUGGUGGUGUGCAGCCUGAUGUGUGAGAAGCUCAAGCUGAGCACCUGGAAAGUUCAGCUGGCCGUGUUGCAGUCCAUGAAGGCAUACUUUCAAGGGUUGUUGCUGCUGGAGAAGGACAGUGAGGAUGUCAAUACGUUGUCACAGAUCCUCACAGAAUCCUGUGCUGCCCUCACUUUCCCUUUAGAAAACAAAAGUUACUCCUCAGUGCGGACGGAGGCCUUGUCGGUUGUUGAUUUGAUCGUUAAGAGAACAGGAGAGAGCGAGCAGUGGGAUUGCAUAUCUGUGAAGAGCCGGGAGCAGCUGCAGCGCUCUCUGUCGACACUGCAGUCCGACAGCAGACCCGACCUGAGGGACAAAGCCCAGGAGCUGCGCAGGCACAUCCAGAGCCAGCCGUAAGCGUCCGCCGCUCACUGAAACGCAAAGAAGACGAUACAGCAUAACCUUCACCAUCCGUGACUAAAACAAAACAUGAGCACACUCCUCCAUCUGACUUGUUUGACAGCUCUCUUAAACAGAUAUUCGCAAUCGCUGUCACUGCAGAAAGUGUCCAUACUACCAGUGAGCUGUAACGCCGGGUGAAACAGGUGACUGCUUCACCCCAACAGACUAAUAAUUGGGAGGCUCCAAGUUUGAAAAAGCUACAAUAACAUACCUUGCUGUGGUUUCAAUCCAAAGCAACACAUUUGCAGGGCAAGACUAUUGUUGUAAAAUGUCAGGUUUUAUCUGGUUUGUUGAAAUGGACAGUCAGUUGAUCAUGAACGCUAUAUAAAAUCAGUGUGUUGAGUUUGUGACACUGUACUCCUGUAGCCCCAAAAUGGGGACUUUUACUACUGUUGUGGGUUUUCCAACUCAUUAAAUAUCAACACGUCAGCAGCAGGAUGUUAACCUCAGCUGGAGAAACUGUUUUGCCACUGCUGUGUUAUAGAAGAGAGUGGUGUCCUAAGAAAGGUGUGGUCUGACAAAUGAAUUAGACAAAAACGUCGGCGUGUGUUGUGAAGUCUUGAAACCCUGCUGUUAACUGAAAAGUGUUGUUAUGGUUGUUUGAAUUUGUUUCUCCUCUGAAAUAAAAUCUCCUAGGCAAUUUGA